AUGGCGCUGCGGAGAGGCGGCGGCGGGGCGCUGGGGCUGCUGCUGCUGCUGCUGCUGGGCGCCGCGUGCCUGAUCCCGCGGAGCGCGCAGGUGAGGCGGCUGGCGCGCUGCCCCGCCACUUGCAGCUGUACCAAGGAGUCCAUCAUCUGCGUGGGCUCUUCCUGGGUGCCCAGGAUCGUGCCGGGCGACAUCAGCUCCCUGAGCUUAGUAAAUGGAACUUUUUCAGAAAUCAAGGACCGAAUGUUUUCCCAUCUGCCUUCCCUGCAGCUGCUACUGCUGAAUUCUAACUCAUUCACCGUGAUCCGUGACGAUGCAUUUGCUGGACUUUUCCAUUUGGAAUACCUGUUCAUCGAAGGGAACAAAAUAGAAACCAUUUCAAGAAAUGCCUUCCGCGGCCUCCGGGAUCUGACUCACCUUUCUUUGGCCAAUAACCACAUUAAAGCGCUACCAAGGGACGUCUUCAGUGACUUAGACUCUCUGAUUGAACUGGAUUUAAGGGGUAAUAAGUUUGAAUGUGACUGCAAAGCCAAGUGGUUGUAUCUGUGGUUGAAGAUGACCAAUUCCACCGUCUCCGACGUGCUGUGCUCUGGUCCACCAGAAUACCAGGAGAAGAAGCUGAACGAGGUGGCCAGCUUCGACUACGAGUGCACAACCACAGAUUUUGUUGUCCACCAGACUUUGCCCUACCAGUCGGUGUCGGUGGACACGUUCAACUCCAAGAACGACGUGUACGUGGCCAUCGCGCAGCCCAGCAUGGAGAACUGCAUGGUUCUGGAGUGGGACCACAUCGAGAUGAACUUCCGGAGCUACGACAAUAUCACAGGCCAGUCCAUCGUGGGCUGCAAGGCCAUCCUGAUCGAGGACCAGGUCUUCGUGGUGGUGGCCCAGCUCUUCGGCGGCUCCCACAUUUACAAAUACGACGAGAGCUGGACCAAGUUCGUCAAGUUCCAGGACAUAGAGGUCUCGCGCAUCUCCAAGCCCAAUGACAUCGAGCUGUUCCAGAUCGACGCGGAGACGUUCUUCAUCAUCGCGGACAGCUCCAAGGCCGGCCUGUCCACCGUGUACAAGUGGAACAGCAAGGGCUUCUACUCCUACCAGUCGGUGCACGAGUGGUUCCGCGACACGGACGCCGAGUUCGUGGACAUCGAUGGCAAGUCGCACCUCAUCCUGUCCAGCCGCUCCCAGGUCCCCAUCAUCCUCCAGUGGAAUAAAAGCUCCAAGAAGUUCGUCCCCCACGGUGACAUCCCCAACAUGGAGGACGUGCUGGCUGUGAAGAGCUUCAGGAUGCAGAACACGCUCUACCUGUCCCUCACCCGCUUCAUCGGGGACUCCCGGGUCAUGAGGUGGAACAGCAAGCAGUUCGUGGAGAUCCAGGCGCUCCCCUCCCGAGGGGCCAUGACCCUGCAGCCCUUCUCCUUUAAAGAGAACCACUACCUGGCGCUGGGCAGCGACUACACCUUCUCACAGAUCUACCAGUGGGAUAAGGAGAAGCAGCUGUUCAAAAAGUUCAAGGAGAUCUACGUGCAGGCCCCUCGUUCCUUCACCGCCGUCUCCACGGACAGGAGGGAUUUCUUUUUUGCAUCCAGUUUCAAAGGGAAAACAAAGAUUUUUGAACACAUCAUUGUCGACUUAAGUUUGUGAAGGGUGACGGGUGGGUUUAAAAGACUUGAAGUGUGAGCCCUCAGAAGAGAGGACCGGGAAGAAAAAUAAUAAAAUACAAUAAGCCAGGCUCAGAGCUCUGAAAUGACAAUCUCAAUUGCACUGGGGAAAUGUUAGAAGUUUUCCAACUUUUAGGACUCACAUUUUAAUCAGGGAUUGCAUUUAUUGGCUAACCGCAUGAGAUGCCCAUUCUACCAUUUAAAAAGACAUCUCAAAACCUGUAAUUUCUGAGAGUACAGCAUAUCCUCUUGCCAUCUAGAAAGUAAUGUGCUUUUUUUUUUCUUUCUUUUUAAUGAGGAAGGAGAAAAUUGAACAAGAUGGGAUAGCUCUUAUAGCAAAAUUAAAAAAAAAAAAGGAAAAACAAAAAGAAAAGGAAAACCAAACCCAUGGACCCUUCUCAUUUCAUUUCAGCAAUCUUUUUGGUAAGAACUGUUAAAGCCAAAGUCAGCUGAAAAGAUUUGCUGAUGAUUAGUUUAAAAAUCUUAAACCACUCAGCAGUGCUAUUUUGAGCCAUCCUAGUUUCCUGAAAGGAUCGCCCAGCCUUCCCGCGUCCUCCUGCAUUCCAGAACCUUGGCUCUUUGUUGGCUUAUACCGCGGGAUAUUUAUCCUGGGUGUGUUCACAGUGUAAAGCUGGACAUUGCUUGCUCUGCCGCAGAGACAACGUCUGGCGACACCUGUCCAGGCCCAGCAUGGGCUUCGGGCCCAGCAGUGAGACAGAGGACUUCCUCCCUCCCCUGGCGUGGUUCAAAGCUGACCCUUGUGGGGGCCGGAGCAAUAAUGCUUGCUUGAUGUGCUCUGUGACUCCUCUGCUUCCCCGACCCCUCCUUUGUGUUGUGGGUAACUAGCAGACAGGCCAAAGACUGAAAGGUGCUUUUUACUCUGUCCUUUAGUGGGGCGGAGCAGCUAUUGCCAUCUGAUGUGUGUUUGGUAGAGUUUUUGAAGUGAGAAUUUAUGGAGUCCAAGGGGACUUUUCACAGAUCUCAUUGUGCUUUGAAACCCAGAGGUGGCCCUUUGGUUUGUGCAUGUCUUUGCCCUUUGGGCAACUUAAUAUUUCAAGUGAUUGAGUAGGAGCCUGCCUACCUGCCCCCAGCCUACCUCCCUCCUCCUAGGACAGUCCUGCCCUGUUGAGUUGCUGGUCUCGAUGCCCUGCUGAAGGUGCUGCAGCCAUCAAAUCACCAGCUGGGUGUUUAUAAUGGGAACGCACCCUCUUCUCCUAGUGCUUUAGCAAGGAGUCCCCUGGAGCCCCACACUCGGCAGAGGGCCACAUUGGUGGUGGGACAUCAUGGACAGGCAGGACUUCCAGGCUGAGCAGGAGAGAGCAGCUAGAGCCAGACUAGCUCAAUCCCAUAGACAGGUCUGUGCUCGGGGACCAGGUGGCCUGUCUCAAACUGGCUUCUGGUGUGGAUAUCGGGGAAGCACAUGGGUCUGCUUUUGUGGGAGUGUCCUAGGGGAUGUUCUUCCUGGGUGGCUGCUUCUCUUCAGAGGGUAGGAGGUGGAUGCUUUAGUCGGAGAUUUGCAAAGAGUACCCCAGCAACUCCUUCUAGCCCUGAAAUUCUCAAUUGCAGGGUGGGAUUAGGUUUUAACGAUUAUUGGCCACAUCAUGAGUAGGUGGAUGUCUUGCCACAAAUGUGAAUGUGUUUGUUGUUUUUAGACUUUGAGCAACGCAGACUGAGCAGUCAAUGGCACUCAGAGAAUGAGACGCUGGUGUUGCAUCAGCACUCUUGGGAACAUUCUGGAACCGCAGGCCAAGGCUUGCAGCCCAGGAAGCCGGGGGUUGAGGGAACCAGCACACCCACGGUCCAAAGUGUGGUUUUUGCAACUCUUCUACUAAAUACCAAGCAAACAGAGGAAAGUGGUUUGUUUUCAUUUUUGAACACAGAGCCCUUUUCUGCAUUCUUUACAGUCUUGUUUUAUUUGAAUGGCCUACAGAUGCCCAGAUCUCCACAUCGCAGGCUGCAGGUGGGACAGCUCUGCUAUUGCUCCAGCAGUGACGACAGGCCAACUCUUCCCGGUGCAUGGAACCCCUCAGACAGGCCAGGGUGGAGAAACAGGCCCUGGGCAAGCAGUAAGGGGCCACCGAGACAGUGCCUGCCUUUGUACCAGGUUGAAAGGAUGUUCCAGGUUCCAGCCAUUAGUUCAUAGAAGAGGCAGAUGGGACAUCUUUCUGCAGUGCCACCUCAGCGUGGUAAAGCUGUGGACUGGGCACCUAUACUCACCACACUGGGAACCAUUGCUUAGCAUUGGAGAACCAGGGAGCAGCAGGUGCUGGGCUUGGGGUGGGGGCUUGUUGAGUCCAGACGGGGCAUCAGGAAGUAAAAGAAAGAUCUCAAAGGUGGUGGGGGCAGGGUGUGAGAGGGUAGGUACCGUAAUCCAAUUUUCUUUUUCCUUUUUACAAAAGCUUAUACAAGACUGGAGUCUGCAACCUGUAGUUCUAGGCUGUGGGAGGAGAGAUUUGUUCUGGCUAAACUAUCAAGGGAGCCUAGAUGUUCUUGGCAUAAGGUGGUAGAAGUUCUGCUUCAUUAAUUUGACGGCCCCAUCCCGAGAAUCCCUGGAGUUUUAAGCAACUUCUGCGAGAAGCUUUUCUCCAGUAAUAAUGUAAAAAACAAAACAAAAAAACCCACAAGCAAGAACCAACCAAAUGAGGCCCACAAAAGCCCAAAGCGGAGAGACAGGUAGGAGUGCCACUCAUGGAGGUGGCUGGAGGAGGGCCACUUGUCAUCAUGGGGUGGCCACCUGCUCAGCUUGUCUGUUCCUCAUGAUCUCUGUGGCUAGGCUACUGCACUGGUCCCUCCUCACAGCCAUGUGGCUUUAAGGCCACCGCCUUAAAGUGGGGACUUGUCCCCAGACCCCGUGGGGUGGAAAGUGGGUCUCCAUAAAGACUUUAAAAACCCCUCAGAAGGGAAGAACACUGUGUUCAUGAGCAGUGCACAAAUCACCUUGCAUUUCAGCAAAGCUUUAUGUUUUUUCCAUGUACAUUCAUAAAUGAUUCUUCAGCUUGGAGGGCAGGUGUUCUGAUUUCAGAAAGAGGGACAUAACACACAGAAGCUCAGAAGAUUGCCUGCCUCUGGUUAUCAGUAGUGAGGGGCAAAACUGGAAGUUUUCCUCUGACUGGCAGCAUUCCAUUUUUUUUUUUAACUCUGUGACAUUCUGCAAUACCCUCCCCACAAAAGACCUUCAUGUUAUCAUGAUUGUGCAACAGCAGCAUCUUUGGAUAAAUAAGAAGUGUCACAAAAUAUCCAUAAGCCAGAAAGAACACCAUACCCCACAGACACCGCCCAUCCGCUGGUUCUUUUUAACAAUGAACAAGCUUCGUGAAACUGCUAUAACAGGAAAGGCCCAUUCUUGAAAGUCUUCCAGAAACUUCCUAGAGUCUUCUGUUGUCCUGGAGGAUCUCAUUUUGGCAUGGUGGUGUCUCUUCCCACGUCGCUGUGGGCGGAGGCUGAGGUUUGGACACAGUCUGCUUCUUGUCACACCAUCCACCAGAUAAACAAGAGGAGUUUGGUGAGAGAAAAAUUAAAAACCCAAAUGUACGAGCAGUGAUGAAUUGUUCUGGGCCCUCGUCAGCCUUUAGGGAGCUCACUGAAAAUGACAGAGUUGCGUUUUUUCCUCCCCAUGGAGUGAAAUGCUGGGUAUUUUUAGGAAAGAAAUCAAUGUGGGGUGCAGAAGGUUUGGCUGCCAGGAGUGCUCACGAUGGAAAUUUCUCUGGCAAGUGGUAAAAUGAGAGACGAGGUGCUCAGGAGGGGAGUCUGCUUGCAUGCUGCCUAAAGAAAAUCUCUGCAGCAGGCUUUCUGCUUCUGCAGCGUCUCAGCUGCAGAGUUAUCAGCUCCUCGUUCACAGCUUUGGAAGGCAGCUCUUUAGUUAGACAGUGGCCAGGGAUUCCACUCAACAGGGCACUGGGGUGGAAAGUGCGCCGCCCAGGACAUCUGCAGGCUGGGUUCAGGCUAGUUGCAGAUGCCACGGGAAAGGUGGUCCAUAUUUGGGGACCACGGAGAGGCAACAGGAAGAAAUUCAGGGCAGAUGGCCUUGAAGGAAAGUAUCUUGGGAAAAUAGAAACAAACCUGAAAGAAAAAAAUUCUCAUGAUUUCCUUUUCCUCAGCCAGGCAAGCAGAGGGUAGGAUGACCAGGCCAAUGAACAGCGUCCCAAUGGUUACGGAAGAUCACCCAUUGUGAUGCUGAUUAAAAUAAGAAUCACAUUGUAAGGCUUCUGAGAUCUACACAGAGCGACUGUACUCCAUGGCUUGGGUCAGAAUCCACCUUUUUCUAGUAGGUAACUAUGCAUUCCCUAUUCAUCCUUUUGACUAUCAAGAAUGUAUAAGAACUGUGAUAAAAUAGACCAAUAUGCCAUUUGAUACUGUUUUAUGUAUUUUAAAUGCAUAACUUAGGUAACAUAAGAAUAGUUUAUAUGCAUAUGAAAGUAAGUUUUGCAGUAUGCAGGCAACAAUGGAUACAUUUUAAGGCUGUAUCUGUAUUUAGCUCUUUUUGGUAAAUAGAGUUAACAAAUGAUAUGCCUCUUAAUUCAAUCUAUGCUGUAAUCCUAUGAAUAAAAAGUAGUUCAUGCCUGA